AUGUACCUGUAUUAUUUUCCAUUUUUUAAGUUUCCUUUAAAGACGAAUAAAUGUUACCGCAAAAAGAAAACAUAUGCAAUAUUGACUUUGAUCGUCGAUAUUAGUAGAAUGAAGUAACGAUUAUAGUGUGUGGUGCUUGUGUAAUUUUAAAUGCAAAAAGCGAUCGUGAUUUUAGCUAGUAAUGUUAAAAAUACUUAAUGGAUGCCGAAUUAUGUUUGUAAUUAGUUUUCUUUCAAGUAGUGUCAAGAUGCGGUGAUAAUAAGACACAUAUAUACCUACUGUAAAUAAAUUUUGUUUUUGUUACAUAUACAAAGUGAACAGCAUACAAACAAUCAGUGGUUCUUGUUUGUAAAAUGAAAAAGUUUACAUUCAAAGGAGUUCUAGACGGUUUUCGAAGUUCCACAGUAAAUCAACCUUCCCUAGGACCAGUAAAAGGAUGUCAGGAGCAGGAAAUUCAAGAAACGUUGAGAUCGGAUCAUUUUCAGUUACGCAAGACGUUUCGUCAUGGGUUUCCUUAUGCUCCGACGGCCUUAGCAUACGAUCCAGUGCAAAAACUGCUAGCGAUAGGAUUACCUAUUUACACUUGCCAGUUAGCAGUAAAUGGUUGUAUGUGGGGACAGAAAAAGGCAACACUCACAUUGUUCAUGCAGAUUCAUUCACAUUAAGUGGAUAUGUCAUAAAUUGGAACAAAGCUAUUGAUCCAAUAAGAAAAACUCAUCCGGGAGCCGUAAUUCAUCUAUCUGAUAAUCCAUUGGAUGCUAAUAAGCUACUUAUAGGAUUUGAAACAGGUCAAUUAGUCCUUUGGGAUAUGCGAGGAAAAAAUGCGGAAUUACGAUGGUUAUCACAGGAUGCACUUUUAUCGUGUUCCUGGCAUCAUGAAGGAAAACAUUUUAUCACAUCACAUGCUGAUGGAUCCUUGUGCACGUGGCCUUUAAAACUUUCACUCAAACCGCUCAUGCAGGGUUAUCCACACGCCAAAACUAACAAAGAUGGAAAAACGGAUACAUGUAAACCAAUUCAAAAAGUGGAAGUUAAAACAAAUAGACUUGGUGAACAAUUUACAAUAUUUUCUGGUGGCCUACCAACCGAAAAAUGUAGUAGUAAGUCGCACUGCAUUACAGUAUUAAUUCAGGGUAAAUCAACAACAGUAUUAGAAAUGGAACAUCCCGUCGUAGACUUCAUCACCGUUUGUGAAAGUCCAUGGGCGAGUGAAUUACAGGAACCCUACGCCAUCGCAGUGCUAUUGCAAAAUGAUUUAGUACUAAUAGAUCUAUUAACAACAGGUUAUCCUACUUUCGAGUCGCCUUAUUCGAUGGACAUUCACGAGUCCCAAGUAACGUGUUGUACAUAUCUGGCAGAUUGCCCAUCUGAUUUAGUGCCAGCGUUUUAUUCAGUAGGAAGAAACACCUCAACGCGUCGAUUGGGGUAUUCAGAACGGGAAUGGCCUAUCAGCGGAGGAGAAUGGCAACCUACUUCAUGUAGUUAUUCCGAAAUAGUUAUGACUGGUCACCUCGACGGGUCCAUAAAGUUUUGGGAUUCAAGUGCUGGAACUUUACAAGUGCUUUAUAAAUUAAAAACAUCAAAAAUUUUUGAAAAAACUAGAACGAGAUCUAUAGAAGCUACCGAAGACGAACCUUUAUCAAUUUCUACACUAUCGUUAUGUGCCGAAUCAAGGAAGCUUUGCGUAGCUGUUAACAGCGGACAUGUGAUGCUAUUUAAAUUUAAGAGAGCUGAAAGCACUGGAGAUAUAACUGUGCUGGAGGUUCCUAUAUCUUAUGAAAGUGCUACCGAAAACUUGGCAAGUCCUGAAUGCGAGUUUAUUCCUAAAUCACUGCCAAAACAAAAUGAUUCCACGGAUAGUGAAAAAAAGUGUAUCGCAACAUUAAAGGUUAAAAGCGGGCCACAGAAAAAACCGCCAGGUUUUCAGGCACAAUUAGUGUGUAUAACACCUUGGACACAUGGAACACAUCCUGGACAAAUUACAGCUCUAACUAUCAAUUCAAGCUAUGGAUUAAUGGCUUACGGCAAUGAAUAUGGAUUUGCUGUUGUUGACAUCGUUCAGAAAACAUGUUUAUUGAACAUUUCCGCCCAGGAGAUGUAUGGAUUAUUUGAACUGUAUCCUCGUACACCAAGAAGUCCAAAACGGUUGGAAAAUUUCCAAUCGAAAGAAGAGCAAAUCAGGUCUCCUAGUAUAGAUCAGAUAAAUGGUUUGUGCAGCUCAAAUACUGUCACUACUGGAAGCAACAAUAAUGGUAGCAGUAGUUGUGCAACUACACCUAAUUCAGCACCUUCCUCAAUUCCUACCUUAUUACACGAGCGAGGCAUGAGUAUAACAAGCAGUGGCAGCCCUACCAAAAGAACUAUGGGAAGCGCUUCGACAAUAACUGGAGUUUCUGAUACAGUUAGAAAAUCUAGAUCCCAAGAUAAACUGGACAACACAUUCUCCAGAUCACGAUCAUCGUCAUUGUCUAGUCUAGAGAAUUCUAGUAAUGAGGCUGUGACAUGUUUAGCUUUUGCUGAUAGUUAUAUAAGAAAAAGUGAUCCAUCAUUAGCACUUCCAACAAUGUGGUUAGGCACUAGCCUUGGAGCGGUAAUGACAGUAUCGUUGUGUAUACCAACUCAAGAAUCAAGAAAAUCGGAAGCCGUUCAAACUUCGUUGACAGGUCCGAUGUUUCGAUUAAAAGGAUCAGUGUUAUCUAUGUCUUUAUUAGAUUGUAAUGGUGCAUUAAUUCCUUAUCCGUUUGAGACAUGGAAAGAUGAUGUACGAGAAGGAAAACGAGACAAAACUCCAACUAAGUCGACAAAUAAAAUUAGUCCAACGAAUCCAGAUGGAUUAUGCGAUCGACAAUUUAUCGUGAUUGCCAGUGAUAAACAAGCAGGUGUCUUCGCUCUUCCGAGUCAAAAUUGCGUCUAUAAAAAAACUAUUGUAGAGUCUGAUUUUGUAGUUAAAGCUGAAAUAAUUAGCAUGAGAGAUAGCGUUUGUCUCAUCGGCUUUGCUUCAAAUGGACGUUUACUGGUUUUCAGUCUUCCUAGUUUGAGAUUAUUACUGGAUAUAGAAUUUCUACCACUAGCAGAACUAAGCAUAUCUAAGACAUUCAGUUUUAGUAACAAAGGGCAUGGACUCUAUUUGGUUACCCCCACCGAAAUUCAGAAGUUUACUGUGUGUCAAGAGUUUUGCAAUCAAUAUAAUGAGAUGCUGGGAGAACUAUUCGUGGAGCACGAAAUGCCAGAAGCUCCCAAAGAAAGUUUUUUCAAAGGACUCUUUGGCGGGGGUACAAGAAAUCUAGAUCGCGAAGAAUUGUUUGGCGAAUCGAGCGGAAAGGCGAACAAAUCAAUCGCUAGACAUAUUCCCGGAUCAAAUGCCAAUGUACAAGAUCUCAACGCACGAGCGACAUCCGCAACAUCGGAAGUGAGUAAAGCACAUCAGUUAAUGCUGGAAAGAGGUGAUAAAUUAAGCCAACUAGAGGAGCGAACGGAACGCAUGGCUAGUGAAGCACAGCAGUUUUCAACAUCAGCGCACUUGUUAAUGAACAAAUAUAGGGAUAAGAAAUGGUACCAGUUGUAAAUGAUGACAUGCAUGUAGAACACAUUGUUAAAUAACAAAAUGCACCAUUGAUCAUUAAAAUUACGUGUGUUUAUCGCUACUUGUACCGCUACGCCAUUUUUAAUUUCCCAGGAUUCAGUAAAAUGGACAUAACUUUUUUGUCAUUCUAUAUUUUUUACCACAUUUGGAAACUUUCCCGAAAAUCUUUUUAAAUGUCAAUUUUUACAGAUCGUGGACAUAUUUAGAUGACGCAUACCAUGACUCGCAACUGCCUCAAACCAACUGGUGAGGCAAUAGUUGAUGAUUUGAUUGAGUACAUCAACACGUUUUCAAAAGUUGGAUAACUAAUCUUAAAAAGCCAUGUCACAGUCAUCCAAGAAUAUUGGAAUAACUACAAAAGCAAGCAAUAUGUAGCCACGAUCUGUCUUCCUGCGUUGAGAGUAUAAACGUUUUACUUUACCCUUUUUUAUCGACAUAGACUUCGCAUCUGGUUAUUGAAGUAUAGGACAGCUGCGGGGCUAGUACAACGAUCCUACUACUGACUACUGACUGAGUUUUUGGAGCGUCUUAGUAGAACACGAAACCUGAAAUUAAAUAAAAAAGAAAACUUUCCAAUUAAAUUCUACUAUGAUAUUUAUUCGCGAUAGAUACGUUUUCGAACUUCUUCGAAAACAGACGCUGAUGAAGCCUGUAAGUCGUAGGCGAAAUACGUAUCUGUCGCGAAUUAAUAUGCAUAGUAGAAUUUAAUUGGAAAGAUUUCUUUUUUGUUUAAUUUUAGACUUCAGAAGCACAACCCAUUCAUUGCAUUCAAAACAAGCAAACAAGUAACGAAAUUGCAUUUUAGUGAGUUACAUAGCGUUAGUGUACCUUCGAUUCGCUCUUAACCAAACGCGAGGCGUAUAUUGUAUAACUAACCUUGAAGAAUGUUAUAUAAUUCGACAUGAUUUACAGAAUAGUUACUCCAAGGAUCAAAUAACAGAUUUUCAAAACAUCGACCGCAAACGUCAAAAUAUGUUUACGUAAAAAGUUCGAGAUAGAAAAGCCAGAGAUUUUAAGUUAAGUAAAAAAAUGUUGCAAAACAAAAAAGAUAGGGCCAUUUCAGUGAAUUUUUCGGUGAUAAAAAUGAUGUAGACCUUAAAGGCAUUUCAUAAAAUUUUGUUACGCUUUUUUGCUAUAUUUAUGUAUAUGUCUGUUAUUUUCAGAGGUCCGAAUUAAGCGAGGGACCGUCGCUCAUAGCGAUUUUUUUCGAUUUUGUGCUUCCUCACCGUAAAAGUUAGACUCUGAGAAUUCAUUCUUCAAUUUUACACUUUUGGAUUAGUUCCGGAUGGAUUAGCUCCGCUAGGAUUAGUUCAGCAUAUUACAGAUUCCAGGAAUCACCACUUUUCUGAAUUGUGUUAGCAUUGUUAUUCUUAUUUUUAUUAUUAGGCCAUUGCAAAUUAUUUUUCAAGUUUUUGUCACCCCUACCCCCUCCCUCUUCAAAAUUGAUGUUGAAAAUCGAAAGGCAACAAAUUUGUUGAGCUUGAGCAAGAAAUUUUUGUAUAAAAUCAAUUGUAGGUGGGCUUUAUAGCCUAAAAAACACGAAAAUUCAAUGUACGGAGUGUUAACACUAGCACGAUACAACAGAAGCGCGAAACAGAAGUGAAAGUUCAGACGAUUCAGACCUAGGACAGAACAUGGCAAGUGCUAGCCGCGGCGUUGACCCAAAAUUGAUCCAAUUUCUGAUUGGUUGAAUCUGAACUGCAACCGUUUGUUGGAUUAACUCUUUCAGUGUUGCUGAAAUUCAUUAGUGAGAAUGCUAAGUUGAAUAAUUAUUUCCGAACUUUGAUUUCUUUUGUAUUAUGUAGUUCUCUGUUAGUGUUCUUUAUUAGUAAGUUUUAAUUUUCAAAAUGAAAUACGAAACCUGUGUUUGGUCGCAGAAUCUGCAACGUAUGCCACAGCUGAUGUUUGACAAACACAGUGACUCUGAAAAAAAUAUUUGCAGGCAACAGUGAUGCAGAGUAUACAAAGAAUUUUCAAUAGGGAUGGCGGCCCUAAUGAAAGAAGAAUAAGAAGCCAGAGGACACAUUCUGGUCCUAGCCUCAAACAAUGUAAUCUACGAAAAUCGGCUAAAAAAAAAUUCUUUCGAUUUUUUCGCUCAUUCGGUAGGUUUUUACAAGAAAAAUAAUAACGUAUAAAUGAAAAGUAAGAAUAUACUUGGUUUUAACGAUUAAACUUUCAGUAAAAAUGCAUAAAACGCUUAAGUUUUUCUGCAAAAAAAAUGCGUUGCCCUACAACGGAAGGACAAAAACUUUAUAAAAUAUUUGUAAUUGCCUUACUAUACAUUGAUAUAUGCGUUGUAUUACAUAUGACUAUAUGCAUAUGCAUAUGUAUAUAAUAUAUUCUAAAAUAAUCGGUGCAAAUGUCAUUAAAAGUAGGGAUCACUGAUCAUUGUCGAUGCAAAACUGAAAUUACUUAAGAAUACUUAAGAAUUCUUCCAGGAAAAGGAUAAAGAUGCUAACAAUGAACUGAUAGUUUAAAAAAAACUUCAUUAAAUCUUGAAUGAAAAUAAAAAAAUAUUGUAAUAAUCAUGCUGCUGCUGUAGUCGAUUAUAACGUUGCAUUAAUAUAUGGCUAUGUAAAGAGAUCCAAAUUAGUGUGAAUUACAACAAUUGUAAAUUUGCAAUAUUUUAUUAUCUGAAUA